AUGUACAGUCAAGUUGCCUUUAAGAAGGUGAACUCUGUGAAGACUGGCUCUGUCCAUGGCACCAGCAUUGGCGGUAUAAAUUACAGAAAAGUAACGUCAGGUGGGUAUGCCCAAAGUGUUUAUGCUGGAGCCGGAGGUCUGGGCACCAGAGUUUCUGGUGUUUUACAACAUACAGUGCAUUCCGGGAGUCCUCUACAGCAUGGAAAACGAGAAACGAGAAUCUUUGGGAAUGAGAAGGAAACCAUGAACAAUCUGAAUGACCGGCUGGCUUCCUACAUAGAUAAAGUGCACUCGUUGGAAGAGUCUAAUGUCCAUCUAGAGGCACAAAUCAGAGACUGGUAUAGCAAGAACACUGGGAACACGGAAAGAAAUGAUGACCAUAAUUUCCAGGUUAUAAAAGAUCUGAGAAAUCAGAUCAUAAGCGCCACGGUGGAAAAUGCAACUAUAACGCUUAAGAUAGACAACACCAGGCUGGCAGCUGAUGACUUCCGAAUAAAGUUUGAGAAUGAGCAAGCCCUCCGUCUCUUAACAGAGAAAGACACCAUUGAGCUGCGUAAAGCCAUUGAUCAGCUCACUCUUGCCAGGGCUGAGCUUGAAAUGCAGAUAGAGGGCCUGAAUGAGGAGCUGGUUUACCUCAAGAAGAACCAUACUGAGGAGGUAAAUGAAAUCCGUAAGCAAUCUUCUGGUUCCGUUGAUGUUGAAGUGGAUGUUGCUCCAACUGUAAACCUUGGAAAAGCCAUGGAGGAUAUGAGAGAGCAGUAUGCGAAGAUGAUUGAAAAACAGAGACUGGAGGCAAAGUUCUGGUUUGAUAAGAAGUUAGAAGAUUGGAAUGAGGAGGUGCACGUCAAUACCACAGAGCUAGAGAAAUACAGGAAGGAUUUAACAGAGGUCAAGCAAACUGUGCAAAAUCUGGAAAUACACUCUCAGGCUGAAUUUAGCAAGAAAAAUGCAGCAGAAGCCACCUUGGGCAAUGUGAAAGAUCAAUAUGCUAUGCAGUUGACAGACCUGCAAGAAAACAUUACCCAUGUUGAGUCAAUGCUUCAACAAACACGAAGGGAUGUCAAUCACCAGAUCUCAGAAUUUACUCUUCUCUUGAGUUUAAAGACACGUCUUGAGGCUGAGAUCGCAACUUAUCGUAGUCUUCUGGAUGGAGGAACUAGGGAGUGUGAUGACCUAGAGUGGCUUCGGUGCAUGGACCAGAUGUCUGUAGACUGCAGGGCAGAAACCAAAUGCAGGAACAAAAAGGGUCGGGAUGACACAUGGACCUCUUGGAACCAGAUCAGGCAACAGGUGAGGGGCCAGUGGAGCACUGUCUGGAUGAAGUGGUUCAGAGUACUGGUGGAGCGAUGCACCAAGUGGCAGGCCAGGAGCAAAGUCAGGUUCAAGCCUAGGUUAUACACGAGAAGCAGAACCUUGAAGUGUCGAAUCACAUAUCAGGAGCAAAGUCACCAGUCAUAA